AUGGACAGUGGGAUAAUUCGGCGAUACAUAAACGAUUUCAAAUUAAGCAAAUGGAUGAAGGAACGAAUUCCUAUUCUCGACUGGCUGCCGAAAUAUGACACCAAAAUAGAUGGACCAUGCGACCUGAUCGCUGGCAUAACAGUAGGAAUUAUGCAUAUCCCACAAGGUCUCGGAUACGCUCUUAUGGCUAACGUUCCUCCGGUUGUGGGCAUGUACAUGGCAUUCUUCCCGCAACUGGCUUAUACCCCCCUCGGCACCUCCCGGCACAACUCUAUGGGAACUUUUGCUGUGAUUACCCUGCUCGUGGGUAAGUCUGUGGUCGUUUACGCCAUGAAUGAGGAUUACCAGCACGACGUCACAAGAGAAAUAAAUGGGACAAUGAUAACGCAAAGGGAAAUGUACACUGAGCUGGAAGUCGGCACUACGGUCACCUUUUUUAGCGGUCUUUGGCAGAUGUUGCUCUUUGCGUUAAAUCUUGGCGCGGUGAGCAACCUUCUAUCCGAUGCGUUCGUGAGCAGCUUCAUCGCCGGCGCCGGCAUACACAUUUUCACGUCGCAAAUUAAGGAGAUCGUAGGGGUAAAAAUUCACCAUUAUAUCGGACCCUACAACUUGCCUAAAGUAUGGAGAGACUUAUUCAAAGAGGUAUGGAACGCAUCACCUGAGCAGUGGACGACCAUCGGAAUAGCGCUCGGCAUCUCGGCUGUUUGCUUUGGCUUGCUCAUCCUCACCGUUAUUGUGAUAAGACCCUGGCUAUUGAAAUACACCAGAGUGCCGUUUCCAGCGGAGUUAAUCCUGGUAGUGUCUGGAGUGUUUGUUGCGACAGGAUUGGAUUUAAAAGAGAAGUACGGCACUAUCGACAUCGGCACCAUUCCCACUGGCCUGCCCGCACCGCAGCUGCCGUUUUACGAGCUCGGUAAGGUGCUCAUGCUGGACAGCUUCGUGACGGCCUUUGUUUCCUACUCAAUCACCAUGUCCAUGGGCAUCAUCCUGGCCCAAGGGCGGAACUAUGUCAUUGAUCCUAACCAGGAACUCCUCGCUUUGGGGGUGGGCAACUUAUUCAGUUGCCACUUUUCCUGCAUCGCCUAUGGUUCCUCCCUGAGCAGAAGUAUGGUACUGAACGACGUCGGCGGAGCGACACAGCUCACUGGUUUGACUGCGGCCGGCCUCAUGGUCAUCGUCCUUCUGUACAUCGCUGAUUUCUUUGAACCACUCCCAAGAGCUGUGUUGGCGUGCAUCAUCACAGUAGCCCUGCGAGAGAUCUUUGAGCAGGUGGCCGACUUCCCUGGUUUCUGGCGCCGCAAAAAACUCGACGGAAUAAUCUGGAUCGCCGUGUUCCUCAUUGUGGUUAUCGUCGACGUGGACAUCGGUCUCGGCAUUGGAUUCAUUCUCUCGGCAGCCAUGAUCUUCAGAGAGGGAAUCAAGGGGACCAUGUGUGUGCUGGGAAACGUGCCCAACACGGACAUUUACCUCGACAUUGAUAACUACAAGAAGGCUUGUGAAGUUGAAGGAUUCAAAAUAAUUUCGUACCGAGGGGGCUUGGUUUUCGCCACCAGAGACAACUUCAAGAAGGACCUGAUCAAAUAUUCUGAGCUCGACCCUAUUAGGGAGGCCAAGCGCCUUAGAAAACUUGCCAAAAGACAGGCGGUAUGUUUUUAA